AUGUUUCUAAAUUUUUUGGAGAACAGGUUGAAGCCAGAUGUGCUAUACCUACACUAUUUCCAGAUGAAAGAGAUGGUUGUGAAGUUAGUCACAUUAAGAACAUCUUUGAAGUUAUCAUCUAGUGACAAAGUUGGAAUCUGUACCACUUUAACUGAAAAUGUGUCUUGUGGCUCAAAUAGUCCACUAAAAAUUAAUGACGAUAAGGGUAAAUAUACUUCUGAAACGUAUAGUAGCAAUGAAGUAUUGGCUCUUCCAUUACCUGGUUCACCUGAAGUCCAAGAUAGCAUUGAUUACAGUAUUACUUCAGGGACAUCUUCAUCAUUUACUAGUGAAAAAUCUAGGUGUUUAGAUUCUCCAUUAGAUUUCAUAAGUCCUAGUUCUUCAAAAGGUUGUCAAUCUGAAAACUUAAUCUGAAAAACACCCAGAAAAGU